UCUCCCAGAGCCCCUUCCCUGGACCACAGCAGCCUCCGGCAGAGUUGAGCCCAGUGUCUCCUGCCCUACACUUUAGGGGAGGGAAGGACCCGGUGCCACACAGCUCCUGUGGAAAGCCCUGGAGCAGCCUCAGCCUCACAGGUCCAGGAGAAACAGCAAAGAUGUCUAAUGAGCCACCCCCUCCUUAUCCUGGGGGUCCUACAGCUCCCCUUCUAGAGGAGAAAAGUGGAGCUCCGCCUACCCCAGGUCGCACCUCCCCAGCUGUGAUGCAGCCCCCACCAGGCAUGCCCCUGCCUCCUGCAGACAUAGGCCCCCCACCCUACGAGCCACCAGGCCACCCAAUGCCCCAGCCUGGCUUCGCCGCCCCCCACAUGGGUGCAGAUGGAGCGUAUAUGCCUCCAGGUUACUACCCUCCCCCAGGCCCCCACCCGCCCAUGGGCUACUACCCGCCAGGGCCCUACCCACCAGGGCCCUACCCUGGCCCUGGGGGCCACACAGCCACAGUCCUGGUCCCUUCAGGGGCUGCCACCACGGUGACAGUGCUCCAAGGGGAAAUCUUCGAAGGUGCGCCUGUGCAGACAGUGUGUCCCCACUGCCAGCAGGCCAUCACUACCAAGAUCUCCUACGAGAUCGGCCUGAUGAAUUUCGUGCUGGGCUUCUUCUGCUGCUUCAUGGGAUGCGAUCUUGGCUGCUGCUUGAUCCCCUGCCUCAUCAACGACUUCAAGGACGUGACACACACGUGCCCCAGCUGCAAAGCCUACAUCUACACGUACAAGCGUCUGUGCUAACGGAGCUGGGACUCGGACUCCCUGCCUGUCGGUCUGAACCCUGUGCUUUGCUCCCCAUGCUCAGUGGUUGUUUCCCCAUUCCCACUUGGGGGUGGAAGCCAUGCCCCCAUCCCCUGGAAGUCUUGUCCUCUUUGCUCUGCCCUACCCUGAGCAUCUGACUCUUACAGCAAAAAUGCUGUUGGAUUUAAGGCCGAGGGUCAGUGGGGUGGUGGGAUGGCACUGAGCUGGUGUAUGGCCGGUUUGCUUGGCACUUGUGAUCAGGAAGAUAAGCUGGGGAGGAUCUCCCACCAGGGUCCUCACUGCUCCAUUUCUGUACAAGGUUCAAGUUCAGUCCUGACUUUCUCUCUGGGAUCAACAGCAGCCAGUUCUCCCCCAGGGACCUGCACUGGAGCUAUGCCUGGAGUUAGUUGCUUUUGACCUGUUGGGGUAAUAAAGGACUCGUCUGGAGUUGGGUGGACCCCAGCAGGAAAGGGCCUAGGGCUUGGACUUGUUUCUGGGGUACUUUGCCCCUCUAGGGUGCUGGAGGCAAGGCAUGGUGGUCAGAAGUAAUGGCUGCCAACUCCAGCCAUCAAGACUCUUGGGUAUCAAACCAAGACCUUCAACACCCUGUCCAAGAAAGCACCUGGCGUGAUGCAGAGGAUGCUGGCAAGUGGUCAGGCCCUAGGAGCCAGAAAGGACCUCGCCCCUGCCCAGCUCCUUUUGAGUCUGUAUGCAGACUCCCUUUCGGCCCACACCUCUAUGAACCCUGUAUUUGCUGGGGCCAGGAGAAAUGCCUUUGAGCCUAGCCUGUCUGUUUACCCCAUGUUGUCCUUCAGUGGGGUGCACCUCUGCCCAGUGUCUGGUGCGUCCUUGUUGGGACAGGAGAUGUCAGAGAGGGGGCCUCUGCAGGUGCCCUUGGAUCUGCAGUCCCUCGUCAUCAAGCCUCUUCAGUGAGCGCCGGGUCCCUGGCUGCAGCUGACUCGCUGUUGCUGUGCUUGCGCACACUGGCACUGCUGCAGGAGCAGCUGCAGAACUGGGCUGUGCCUAGGAAGGCACAGCCCCAAGGUGGAGUGCCCUGGUGGACGCCAGCCCUGCCCUGGACCCAAGCCCAAACCUGUAUUCCGAGUGGUUUGUCUGUGAACCUGCUCACUGGACCGCUGUACCCUGCUGCCGUCCCUUUCCUGGUCUCGCACUGCCACUGCAUGGCCUCCUGUCACUGUGAAUCGUGGCUGGUCUCAGUUUGUAGUUCUCAUUAAAUUGGCACUGUCACUCCCCUGCCCUGGGCCUCUGAUCUCUCGCCUGGCUUCCUUGUUUUUUGCGGGAACAAGGGUGGGGCCUCAGGUGUCCACCUACAGGGCAGGGGCAGCGUCCUCAGGGUCUCACACACCUCAAUUCUUACCUAGUGCUAGCUGCCCAGGGACAAGGCUGGCUUUAAGGACCUAAUCAAGCCACAGCAAAAGACUGACCCUGAAGAUUCCAACUGUGACCAAGUUGGGUCACGAGUCAGCUGCAGCGGUGGCUGGAAGGUUACUCCUGCAUCUCCUCCGAUACUGGUCUCACCUGUCUGCUCCAGGGUGUCCCCCCUGGGGAUCUGCAACUGGAACUCCCAGGUUUGAGCUCAGCACUCUGACCCUGCACAUAGGCAGGUGCUCUAGUUCCCUUAAGCAAGCCAGAGCUGAGGCCUACAGCCUGAAGGUCAGUAGUCCCAGUGGGUGCCUGGGCCCUGGGCCUGCCCCCUGAGCCCACCAACUUUUCUGAACUGUGAAGGCGGCAACUCAGGCAGUAGUUUAAAAAGAGUUUCCCUACUGUGUAAUCCUUUCUUGGACAACUUUUACAGAUCCUUAGUAUAUGAAACAGGUAAUAGAUUCCUAUCAAUAAAAAUAUUUAAGUUCA